AAGCAAAUGGUCUGUCACACAUCCUGCACUUGUUGCUGCAUACUUGUUCCACUCACGGGAGUUUCCCUACAGAACGAAAUACAGGGACAGCUUGGCCUUUCCUGCAACAGGAAUCAUGGUUCUGCAAGAGAAUGAGUGUGACUGUGUCUUUGAGCCACACAUCAAAGAGGAGAAUGUUGACACUCAGUAUGGGAAGGUCCACUGCAUCAUGAUGGGGACUCCCAGGGCAAACCGGCCAGUCAUUCUUACCUAUCAUGACGUUGGACUGAACCACAAAUCAUGUUUUGAGACUCUGUUUACGCAUGAGGACAUGCAAGAAAUCCUCAGACAUUUUCCCGUUUGUCAUGUUGAAGCCCCUGGACAACAAGAAGCAGCCAAAACAUUCCCUACAUCGUAUUCCUACCCAUCCAUGGACCAACUGUCUGAAGCGCUAACCACUGUGCUCAAACACUUUGGGUUGCACAGUGUGAUUGGGCUGGGAGUUGGAGCAGGCGCCUGCAUUUUGGCAAAUUUUGCUCUGAAUCACCCUGACCUCGUGGAUGGAUUGGUUCUGAUCAACAUCAACCCAAAUGCUGAAGGAUUAAUAGAUACUGUUGCUAACAAGAUUACUGAAUGGACCCACACUCUCCCUGACACAAUCAUCACACACCUAUUCGGAAAGGAAGAAAUCCAGUCCAACCAUGAUCUCAUAGCUACAUACCGCCACCAUAUUACUGCAACCAUGAACCAGUACAAUGUGGGACAGUUUUUCCGUGCUUACAACAGCCGCAGUGCACUUGAGGUUGAGAGGCCUGUUCCUGGAGGAAAUGUCAAUGUGAGGACCCUAAAAUGCUCCACAUUGCUGGUUGUUGGCGACAACUCUCCAUUUGUGGAUGCUGUGGUUGACUGCAACUCUAAGCUUAACCCAACAAAGACCACAUUUCUUAAGAUGGCGGACUGUGGAGGACUUCCUCAAGUGGCUCAGCCAGCCAAAGUGAUUGAAGCCCUCAAAUAUUUUAUCCAAGGCCUGGGAUACUUAUCUAGUGCCAGUAUGACCAGACUUCGGUCAAGGACCACCUCGAGCUCCAGCGUCUCGUCCAUGGAGAGCUCUCGGAGUCGGGCGCAUGAGAAGCGUGGACGCUCCCACACUGAUGUUUCAAUGGAGAGCAUCUCUAAUAGCUACAUGGACCGAGUCAUUUCAAAGUCCACACAUGAAGUGGCAUGCUAGAUACUGUAACUCGAGGCAUUUAGUACCCAGUUUGAGCUUGCAUCUUGUUAUUGCCUAUUUCUGCAACUACUCUCAAUUGUCGCAGUCAUCACUUAAUAUAACUACUGUAUGCUUUUUUGUAGCCUCGACUUAAUGUUCACCACCACCAAUUUCUCCUCUUAUUCUUUAUGUAGCUGAUAAUUUAGUCUCUUAAUUGGAGGCAUUAUCCCUCCAAAACAAAAAUAAAAAAAUAAUAAAUUAUAAUAAUUUUGUUUUGUUUGGGUGUAUUCUUGAUGAUAUAUAUAUCAGUAUAUUUGAGAUUUCUUGAUUCGUUAUCUUUAUUUUAUUUUGUAUUUUUUUUUAAUUGUUAACUGUUGAAUAUCAUCCAAAUCAGUUUUUAAGACUAGGUGUUUAUGUGGCACAUAGCUUUACAUUGAUGUGCCGUAAUGUAUAGUGCUACAUUGUAAAUUACUUCUUUUCAGAAGACAUUAUUUUUACAAAGUACAAAUAUAUAUAUAUAUAUAUAUAUAUAUAUAUAUAUAUAUAUAUAUAUAUAUAUAUAUAUAUAUAUAUAUAUAUAUAUAUAUAAACAAUAUUAUAAUCCUUUACUGAUCUCCAAAGGCAACAUUCAGCACUUAUGCAGAAUAUAGCCAACAAUAAAAUAAACAUAAUCCAAACAAUUACUUAAAGACUGCUAUGUACAAACCCUCCUUUUUCUUUCAUUCUUCUUCUUUUUUUUCUUUUCUUUUUUUUUUU